GUCGAACCCGUGCAACGCUGCGGUCCAUUUGGUCCAGAUAACACUCAAAAUCUAAAUGCCAACCAAAUUGAUACGUUGUAUAUUUAACUAUCGCCACUCACAUAUUUAUUGCAAGGCGUGCCAAAUAUUGAUGAGAUCAAGUUACUGCACCACCCGAUCAAGCCACCAUUGGUCCACCGUCAGCGAUGACGGUACUGUGAUCGGCGGUAUUAGGCGAUAGUGGCUGAAAGAUUCGGCAAGUUUGUGAGAUUCGACUUAUGCGGAUGUUUGUUGAUGGGCGAUACAGCAACGAUGUGUCAGUGCGAGUG